UCAAGUAAAUGGAUUGCAAGUUCUCAACAAAAAUGGAGAUGAGUGGAUUGAUGUCAACAUUGCACGAGACUCCUUCCUUGUUUGGUCUGGGGAUCCCUUCAUGGGUAAUAAUGGCGGGAGACAAUGAAAGAUUCUCCAUUCAAUUAUCAUCUUUACCAAAAGUAGAUUACACCAUAGAGGCCCCAAAAGAACUUGUGGAUGAAGAACAUCCUUUACUCUUCAAGCUUUAUGAAGGUGUUGGAUAUUUUAAAUAUGUUAUGUCAGAAGCUGGCAAUAGAGCAGGCACGGGUGUUUUCAAGACUUACUGUGGUGUUUGAAUUGUUUUAGUUCCUAAUGACUUGUUUAGAUGGUUGUUACACAUUGUAUUGUAUUGUUAUUUUAAGUGUAAGCCAACCACAUUUGUUCGUGUUGGCGUGAUCAUGCUUUACUUCCUUAGCAGAAACUCUCUAUUACUUUCUUGUUGUCUUCAUAUGCUUGUGCUGAAGUAUGUUCUGUUCUGUUGCUUUUAUUCUUUAGUUGCAUUACUAAUACCUCAUCAAUGAAUGAGAUGGGGAAAAAAUAGUCCAAUUAUGUGACACCGUUCGAAUUUCGAGAGUCAAAUCUUUCAAUUUUAACAGUGAAUUCAUACGUAGAAGCUUUAAAAAAUUUCAAAUAAAAUUAAUAUAUUUGAAAACUAUGUAAAAAGCGCCUAUAAAUCACAAUGAUUAACAACUCAAAAUAUUUAAAAGGCAUGUAAAGAGUCGCAGUCAAGUAAGAAUUUGUUUCACUCUCGAAAUCCGAAAGGUGCCACAUAAGUUGGGACGAAGGUCGAAGGGAGUAAAUCUCAACAACUUGUGGUUAGUUCAUGGACUGGGGAACUGCGAAACAGAUCAUCCACAGCGAAGAAAAUACUCGAAAAGCAACAAGACGUUUUCCUCUAAAGCAUCAAAUAGGAACGAUUAUUCAACUAACACCAGAUAGUAGAGAAGAUCAUGGAAAAAACACUUUUUAAAAAAGCCUAUGUCAUCUGCAUUAAUCUU